UGACACGAAAAAGGAGAGCAAGGGGAGGCCCAGGCCAGGGCUGGGGCCAAGCCCAUAUUAAUCAUCAUGCUCACAAUCUCCCAUUGAGGAAAGUGAAGAUAUGGGUACAGACUCACCGAUGACUAAUGCAGUGCAUUCAGCGGCUUAGUCGAGUUCACAGGGAUCUAUCCCAACUGCAUCAUCGAGCACAUUAAUUGGACGGAAAAAAAGGGGUAGGAAUAAGUGCAUAGAGUUUAUGGAAUUGUGUAAAAGUGGUCCCAUUCAUCUAGAAAUCAAGGAUGGGACUCAGGUAGCUGUAGGCAAGCGUGGUGGGCAAUUUACGAGGAUGGUGAGCAAAAUUGUUCGCAACCAUUGCGAGCUACAUCAUGCUUCUUGGUGCAAUGUCCCACCUGAACAAAAGGAAAUGUUAAGAAACCGUCUUACGUCUUAUGUCACCCUGAACAUGAAUCGUGUGGAGGAAAUCUUGACACUUAAUGGAGCACUUCGGCGUAGCUAUACAAGACUUCGCAACAAACUUUACAACAAACACUAUAAACCAUUUCUCAAAGAUGAUGAAGAGGAGGGCAAUGAGGAGGGCAAUGAGCAAGGUAAUGAGCAGGGUGAUGAUGAGGGUAAAGCUAAGGCAAGGGCCACUGUCCCCGAAGGUAUUGCGGUCAACGCAUGGCUUAUGAUAUGCGGCUCAUUUGAUGAGAAAUUAUGGAAGGUAAAUCUUAUUAAUCUAAAUUUACAAUGUUGUUAUAGAUAUGCUUGGAAUACAACUCUUUAA